AUGGUUAUACCAAAUAUAAAAUCUGAAAAGUCUUCGAGUAUCGAGGACCUCGAACAAGCCAACCAACCACCCAGCAACCAUGUCGACUGCGACGAAGAAUAUUCGGUCCCAGAGCAGUGCAAAAUCAUCCAUCGCAUUGAUCGCCGGCUAAUUUCAAUGUGCGGACUUGCCUUUUGUCUGUCAUUGAUUGAUAGGACAAACCUCAGCAUGGCCGCUGUGGCUGGCAUGACAAAGGAUCUAGAGCUCUUUGGCGAGCGAUAUUCGAUCAUUAUCCUGGUUUUCUUCAUUCCAUAUGUAAUCAUGCAACCUCCAAUGACUGUUGUCACGCGAAAAAUCGGUCCAAGAAUCUUCCUAGGCGCUAUCAUAAUGUCAUGGGGGGCAUUAUUAGUCGGAAUGGGAUUCGCGAAUAACUGGAAACAUAUUGCUGCUUGCCGUGUGCUGCUGGGCGCUUUGGAGGCUGGAUACUUCCCCGGUUGUGUAUAUCUGCUGUCUAGCUGGUAUGUCCGCUACGAAGUUCAACAACGGUUCUCGUUUUUCUACCUGUUUGGCUGCGUCUCAUCCGCAUUGGCCGGCAUCUUGGCUUAUGGCUUGUCCCAGAUGGACGGAAUCCAGGGGAUACAAGGCUGGCGCUGGAUUUUCAUCAUGGAAGGAGUUAUCUCAGGUAUCGUGGGUGUUCUGACCAUUCUUUUCCUGGUCGAUUUUCCCGACAAAGCCCACAGAUCAUUCAAGUUUCUCAGCGAGAAGGAAUGUGCAUUCAUUAUCCGACGUAUCAAUCGAGAUCGAGCGGAUGGCGAUGCAGAAGCUUUCAGCAUGAAAAAUUUCCUAAUGCCAGCCUUGGACCUCAAAAUCUGGGGCUUUGCGAUGAUAUUCUUUUGUAUUACCACCAACACCUAUGCAAUCUCCUAUUUUCUCCCUAUCAUUCUUCAACAAGGAAUGGGAUACGGCGUCGCUGCCUCGCAAUGCCUCGUCGCACCACCAUUUGGUCUCGCUGCCAUCUUGAUGUUUGCAACAUCCUGGGUGGGUGAUAAAUACCGCAUGCGCGGUCCCAUCUUGGCCUUGAAUGCUUUAGUUGGCAUCGUCGGGCUUCCAAUCAUGGGGUUUGCAGAAAGCAACGCUGCCAGAUAUGUUGGUGUUUUUCUGGCUGUAGCGGGCGCCAACGCGAAUGUGCCUGCUUCCAUGGCCUAUCAAGCUAAUAACGUACGAGGACAGUGGCCUCGUGCGUUUUCUAGUGCUACCCUUGUGGGCUUCGGAGGUAUUGGUGGCAUUGUGAGCAGCUUGGUGUUCCGAGAACAAGACGCGCCUGUGUAUCGGUUAGGAAUGUGGACAACCAUUGUUUGCAACAUUUUGAUUUUGCUUAUUGUGGCAUCGUUGUCUCUCUGGUUCCGUUAUUCAAACAAACAGGCUGAUGAGGGAAAGAAGACCAUUGAGGGUUCAGCGGAUUUCAGAUAUACGAUUUGA